AUGGCGAUUUUGGAGGCUUUGCUCCAGUCCUUGAGCCUGUCCUCUCUGCUGGGGGGUUUUGUCGUCCUUUUGUGCGUCUAUUUGAUGUUUUCCAGGUUCCAAGCGGAGGGAAAGGAGCCGCCGGGACCCAAAACCCUUCCACUGCUGGGGAAUAUCCUGCAGAUCGACCUGAAGAGCCCUAGCAAAACGCUGAUGGAGUAUUACAAGAAAUACGGAUCAAUCUUCCAGAUCCACUUUGGGCCCAAGAAAGUGGUGGUCCUGGCCGGAUACGAGACGGUGAAGGAGGCCCUCGUGAAGUUUGACGAGGAGUUUGGAUACAGAGACAUACCGGACAUCAUGUACCAGGUCAACAAAGGACACGGGGUUUUAUGGUCCAACGGGGACUCGUGGAAAGAAAUGAGGCGCUUUGCUUUGACCAACCUGAGAGACUUUGGGAUGGGAAAGAAGGCCUGUGAGGACAAAAUCCUCGAGGAAUGUCAGCACCUUCUUGAAGUCUUUAAGAGUUUUAAAGGAAAACCUUUCGAAACCACCAUGCAUCUGAACUGUGCCGUCUCCAACAUCAUCUGCUCGAUGGUUUACGGCAACAGGUUCGAGUACGACGACCCGGAGUUCACCUCUCUGGUGGACCGCACAAACAGAAGUAUCCAGCUCACUGGCUCUGCCUCCCUGGAGGUCUACAGCGCCUUUCCCUUGUUGUCUGCCUGGUUUGGACCGAGCAAGGAGUACCUCAACCUGGUUACCACCACCAGGAAGCAGAACUCAGUCCUCUUGAACAAGCUGAGGGAGACCCUGAACCCCCAGAUGUGCAGAGGCUUUGUGGACGCGUAUCUGGUCCGCCAGCAACAGCUGGAGGAAUCUGGGGCCACCGACAGCCACUUCCAUGACUCAAACCUUCUGGUGACCGUCUCAAACCUGUUCAACGCUGGAACCGAGACCACGUCCACCACUCUGAGAUGGGGGCUCCUGCUCAUGGCCAAGUACCCCAAGAUUCAGGGACGUAGUUCCAGCAGCAUGGGGAUAACCGAGGCCCUGCUCCAGUCCCUCUCCUCCGUCUCCCUGAUGGAAUAUGUGGCCGCCCUGCUGCUCCUGUGUGUUUUAUCCUGCUCCGUAUUCAGGUCCAGGCAGAAAAACGGGGAGCCCCCAGGACCGACUCCCCUCCCCGUGCUGGGAAACCUGCUGCAGCUCGACCUGAAGAGGCCCCACAACACUCUGUUGGAGUUCUCGAGGAAAUACGGACCCGUGUUCACCGUCUACUUCGGACCCAAGAAGGUGGUGGUCCUGGCCGGAUACGAGGCGGUGAAGGAUGCUCUGGUCAACCACGAUGAGGUGUUUGGAGACAGAGAUGUGCUUCAUAUUCUGCAUGAAGUCAACCAAGGAGGCGGGCUUUUGUGGUCCAACGGUGACUUGUGGAGAGAAAUGCGGCGCUUCUCUUUGACCAACCUGAGAGACUUUGGGAUGGGAAAGAAGGUGUGUGAGGACAAAAUCAUCGAGGAAUGUCAGCACCUGACUGACGAAAUAAAAAAAUACAAAGGAGAAGCUUUUGAUACAACGAGAUUGAUGAAUUACGCCAUCUCCAAUAUUAUCUGCUCCAUGAUCUUUGGCAGCAGAUCUGAAUAUGACGACGCGGAAUUUUCUAAUUUAGUGGAUCGACUGAACACGACAGCUCAACUUUUAGGCUCCAGUUCGAUGCAGGUGUACAACCUGUUUCCGUUCUGCAAGUGGAUCUCCAGCAGGAGGCGCUAUUGUCAGCUGAGUGCUGCCAAUAGGAAACAGGUCACAGCGUUCAUCAGUCGUUUGAGAGAAACCCUCAUCCCACAGAUGUGCAGAGGCUUCGUGGACUCUUUUCUGCUCCGCAAGCAAAACCUGGAGCGCUUCCGUUUUUCCCCCCCCGCCGGGGUUUCGGAGGAGGAGCUGGACCUGACCCCGUUUCCGGGCAUCACUCUGGGCCCCGCGGCUCAUCAACUGCGUGCUGUUUCCCGCAUGUGA